GCGGGCCGGGGCGCGCGCUCCGAACGUUGCCUGGGAGAAGGAGACAAGGGGGAGGUUCUGUCUGUCCGUUUCUCUCUCUCUCUGGCCGGUCCCGCUCGCUCAGUCGCUCGCCCUCCCCCCUCCCCCCUCCCCCCCCCCGGCAACCUGCAACAGCGGGAAAGGAAGGGAACGUCCGCGCGGGAAAUUCAAAUCUCGGCUGCUUCCUUGCGGGAAAGGGAGGAACCAUUAAAGAAAACAUGUCAAGAAAACGGGUGCUGGAAAAAGACGACACUCUCAAAGUGAAGCGGACUAAAGUCAGCCAUAAGUCUCACCAGACAGAGUCAGGGCUGGUCCUCACCCUGGGGCAGGGCGAUCUUGGGCAGCUGGGACUCGGACCGGACGUGCUGGCGCGGAAGAGGCCUGCCCUGGUGCAGCUCCCUGAGAAGAUCAUCCAGGCUGAAGCGGGAGGGGUUCACACGGUGUGCCUCAGUGAGACGGGCAAAAUCUACACCUUUGGCUGCAACGACGAGGGCGCCUUGGGGAGGGACACUUCAGAGGAGGGGUCAGACGCUGUGCCGGGGCUUGUGGAUCUGAAGGAGAAGGUGGUGCAGGUCUCUGCGGGGGACAGUCAUACGGCGGUGUUGACGGAGGAUGGGCGCGUCUUCAUCUGGGGAGCGUUCCGGGAUGAGAAUGGCGUCAUUGGCUUACUGGCUCCUGAAAAGGUCGAAGAGGAUUUGGAGUCUACCAGUGGCAGUGCUUUUCCUGUGAAGCUGCAAUUGGAGGUGCCAGUUGUUAAAAUUGCCUCAGGGAGCCAUCACUUGGCAUUAGUGUCCACAGCAGGAAGCCUUUACACCUGUGGGUGCGGAGACAAUGGUCAACUGGGACGAGUGCCCCAAAUCUUUGUUCACAGAGGAGGAAGAAGAGGAUUGGGACGGCUGCUGCUCCCGCAAGCUGUUGCCAUCAAACAGAGAGGCUGCAAGACCAAGGGGAACAUUCGGGACGUCUUCUGUGGCUCUUACUCCACCAUCGCCAUCACCCAGGAGGGCCACGUCAUUGGGUUUGGCCUCUCCAAUUACUACCAGCUGGGCUCACAAGGAAUUGACACCUACUAUUCUCCAAAGGUUCUGACGGCGUUCAAGAACUCCACCAGGUCCUGGGUCGGGUUCUCAGCUGGGCAGCAUCACACUGUGUGCCUGGACUCGGAAGCUGUGUAUAGUCUGGGCAGAGCAGACUAUGGCAUGUUGGGCCUGGGCGAGAGGGUGUCGGAGAAAAGCACACCCACUGCCAUUUCUGGGCUGCCCAAAGCGUCUUCAGUAGCCUGCGGGGAACGGGUUAGCUUUGCAGUAACAGAAGAUGGUCAAGCAUUUGCCUGGGGCAUGGGGUCUAACCUCCAGCUUGCCACGGGGGAUGAAGAAGAUGCCUGGAGCCCUGUUCAGAUGUCUGGUCAGCAGCUGGAGAAUCGCCUUGUCCUCUCUGUGACAGGCGGGGGGCAGCACACCGUCUUACUCGUCAAGGAGCAACAGAGUUGACAAACCAUUCCUGCAGUCCCAGAGAGCACCAUCCAGGGGGCGCAACUUUUCUGAGUCUGGGGUGAGGCUUGGAAGACUCGCUUCUUGACAGCUUCCGGCAGAAAACCUUCAGAUGUUUCUCCUGGGGGAGGUGAAAUUAGCCCAUAUAAAAUUAAUUCCCUCGAGAUGCUGGAAUUUGUUUGAAUCUAAAGGCUUCCCUCCUUGCUCUCGAAGCUAUGGAUGAUUGGGACAAAGCCUUCUUUUUCUGAAAAAAUAAAAAUUUCAGGGACGGAAUUCUCCUUUGGAAAUACCUGGUGCGGCUUCCCCACCUGCUUCGUCGUCUUGCUGGUGGUUCCGGUGCCCUGUUUUAGCAAGAGGGCUGAAAUCUCCAGAACUUGCCCUGAUUUCCUUCCUUAUCAAACCUGGGACUUCCCUAAACUCUGUUUCUGUUCUAGUUUUGUAAGGCCCACCCAAAUGUGUGAGAAAUUAUCAUUUUCCCCCCAUUUUGACAGUAGCUCCCUCUUUGUCCCAUGGGACAGAGCAGGUUGCAUCCAUCCCAGGCAGCCUUCCCAAACCCGGUGCCUUCCAGAUGCUCUGGACUCCAGUUACCAUCAGCUCCAGCCAGUGUGGAUGCCAGUGGUCAGGGAUGGUGGGAGUUGGAGUCCCAACAGCAUUUGGGAGGCAUCAGAUUGGAGAAGGCUCUGCUAAGGGGAGAGCUGCUUUUUCUUUAAUGUACGUGUAGUUUAGGCUGCUAGUCGGUUUCUCCAUUGCUGUCUUCCUGGCUAAACAAGGCAGGGAGUUAGAAGCAGAGGGAGAGAGGAGGGGGACAAAAAUCUUCCCCCACCCCACCAACCAGGGUGCAUGUUGAAUGAGGUUUGAGUGUGACAAGGGCCCUUAUUUAUACAUGUGUGUGUCGUAAGAAUCCGAGUUCUAUAGCAGUUGUUAACUCCGCCAUAAAGUGAUUGCACUGCAAGGACAGGGAAUUUGUGGUCCUCCAAAUGUUGUUGGACUCCAACUUCCAUCAGCCCCAGCUGGCAUGGCCAACCGUCAGGGGCAGUCGAAGCUGGAGGCAAACAAGAUCUGGAGGAUCAAAGCUAUAGCCCAAAUGGAGCAGUCUUUUCAAGGGUUUUAAAUUCUUCAAGUGCAGCUUCCCCAAUCAGGGUUGCUAUGUGACAGUUCAGUGCUGAAUGUUUUCUCUGCUUUGGAAUUCUUGACGGGAGCAGAGGCUCUGUCCCUUCGUGGGUAUAUUUUGUAGAUAGCUGUUUUUAAAACUGGGUGUGAUCCUAGAAGGUUUCAAGGAGCUAUUACCCUCAGAUUGUUAUCCAUAUUUAAUAUCUGUCUGCAUCAGCUAUGGAGAAUCAGAAGUCACUAGACUUCAACUUCUGUUGGUCCCAGCCAGCACGGCCUACAGGGAUGAUGGGAGUCCCAAACAACAUCUAGAGGGCCACAGGUUCCCCAUCCCUGAGCUGCGUAUUGAGUGUUCACCUGGGAAAAUACAGACCCCCACCCACCCCAAGCCUCUGAUGUUGGCUGGGCAUCCUUGGAUCCUUUUUUCCCAAUUUUUAACACAUCACCUGUGCUUUAUCUCAGAUUUGGCAUACUGAUUUUCUCUCAUUCUUGGUGUUCCCUAACUAGUUGGCUGCAUGGACUGCUGAUUGGUUUGUCUUGGCUCAUUGUCCAGGCUCUGGGGAUAAUUCAAAAUGGGGGGCUUCUACUGUGCUGGCCUUUCGCAUUUAGGUCUCAUUUAGGACCACAGACUCACAGGUUUUGUCCUGUCAUCUUGAAUACAAUGUGUGCUUGCCUCUUACGGAGGCCCCGCAUUUCAGUUUGAGGCUUUGGCAAAGCCGAGGGAGGAAGACUAACUGAAUUCCAACCUUGUAGAGAUUGUGUGCAAUAACAGGAUUGGGAUACAGACGUUUCCAUCUUCUGCCCUCUUUCUUGCCUUCGUCUCCUGCAGCCACAUUCUGAUGAUCCUGACAGUUCUACGAUGGACUGUGGUUUUUUAAAAAAUACUGAGUUGCAGUAAUAUGCAGGCAGUCUUGCGGUUUUAGAGAGGUAAGGUAAGCAAAAAAAAACCUGAUUUUUUUUUGCUGUAGACAUGUGACCGUAGAAAUUCUAAUGUUUAAAAUAAAUUGAUUUUUGAUAA